CAAUUUUGUUCUUUUCCGCAUCCCUCUCUUCGUUCUCUAAUUAUUGAGAAUUACAAUGUAUGUAUAUGUGCAUAUAUAUACAUAUGUAUAUGUAUAUGUAUAUAUAUAUACUCAUAUAUAUAGACACUGCUUGAAAGACCGUUGUUCGAUGUAAAAGGGUAACUUUGUAAGAUGUUAUAAUUUUCGUUGAAUGAACGUGUGUCCUUUUUUUCUUAUCUACACGUUCCAUUUAAAUGUUAAUCGUCAUACACACACGCACACGCAUACGCAUAUAUGUGUAUACGUGUGCGUAUGAUUAUAAUUUAGAGAUUUAUUCAUUUAAUAAGUAUGUAGUUUGAUCUGAUUAUAUGAAACUUAUUAAAAAAAAAAAGGUGUUAGCAGGGAGAAUACGUGUGUUAUUGCAUGUGAUUAUUCUAGUUGCUUUUUAUUGCUUUUCUUUUUUUUUCUUCUUUAAUCUUCUAAAAUACUUUAGAAAAUAAUGGUGAGAGAAAUCGUGUCCUCGUUGAAAUACGAAAAAUAAGAAAAAGAAAAAAUUUAUGUCGGCGAUUGUUAUGUGUAAAAAGAGGGAACAAAUUUCUCUUAAAAUUUUCUUAAUCGCCAUAUUUCUUAUGUCACGCGAUUCUGCAAUAAACAUAAGUUAUUAAGAUAGAUAAACUGAUCAAAUGUGUGUGGCUUAAAUGUUUAAAAAUGAAUUUUUCUUUUUUUUUCUAUAUUUUUUUACUUUUUAACAGAAUUUUUCGAAGAGAAUUUCAUUGGAAUCUUGUGAAGUUACCUUCUUCGAUCGUGAUUUACACGGCGUCGUAAAAAGGGAAGAAAAAAAUGGGAAAAAAAAAUCAUCGUUAAAACCAAACGAUCGCAUUAUAUACACCAGGCGAAAUUGUUUUGUGCACGCUCUCAUGCUUAUUAGUUUCUUCUGCGGUCACAUGAUCAAAUGAUACUAAAUGAUAAAAUAAAUAUGGCAGAGACAAACAGAAAAAAGAAGAAAAUAAUUUGAAAAGUUUUAAAGCUUCGCUUUGUGCUUCAAUUUCGCACUAAAGAAAAGAACACAUCAUACACGCACACGCACACAUACACGCGCGCAUCUUAUAUUAUAUUUUACAUUGUUUCUUUUGUUCUUUAUCCCAGAAAACGGUAAGUGUCACGAAAUAAAAUUGAAACGAUUCACGAUGAACGAUUGUCAUGACCCUAACGACUCGUAAAAUAUUAUUUAUAGAUUAAAAAAAAAGAAAAUAAUAACGCGUAUAUGAAAAUCUUUGUAUACCAUUUCUCUCUCUAAGUAAUUAUUAUUUAUUUCCACGAUAAUUAAAUAAUCGAUAUGAGACAUCUCGUUAGAACGUCGAAGUGUAAUAAAAAAAAAAAUAAAAAAAGAGAAACGCAGUGUACAUUUUCAAAGUAUGAACUUUGAAUUUAAUUCAAAAGAACGAACACAUGGAUCUUCUUAUAUAACGAAGUGAUCCAUUAUAAGGACGACUGAAUUUUUUUAGAAUCCAGAGUGAAAUCGUGGAACGAUUUAAUCGCUACUACUACUACUACUACUACUACUACUACUACUACCACUAAGACAGAUCUUCUUUCACGUGCCUUCUUCUUCUACUUCUUCUUCUUCUUCUUCUUCCACCACAUCAUCUUCUUCCUCAUCUUCUUCGGCGAUUCAUCUUCCAUUGCCUGUUUUGUGCAACGUUUUCUGCACUAUUUCAUUUAGAUUAAUCAUCGUCAUCCAAUAUCUGGAUAUGCUGAACGAUACCGUUAAAAAAUGUUUCAAAGAGGAAACUUAAACAUGGGUAGCGGAAGUGUCGGGGAAGUCCCAACGAUAUUUCAUCCCCGACGAUCUCGUGCACCAAGUAUAGUCCUUAGCGAGGAUCAACAGAACCAUGGUCCAAUUGCCAGUCCUAUUCAAGUUGUGCUAGAUUCGACAGGGUGCGAACAACAACAAGGUUGUAGCGUCGCUGGUGGCUGUGGUGAUUCAGCAUCUAGCUGUAGAUCAUUAGAAACAAGUGGUAGCGGUGUAGGUUCUGGGACUGGUGGUACCGGUAUCGCUACUGGAAGUACAGGAGGACCUGGUGGAGGAGGUGGAGGUCAAGGACACGGUUCCUUGAGUCAAACUCAGUCUACGUGUAACGUGACAACACCUUCUGUAGCUUAUCAACAAUCCAGACCGAACAAACUCUCGGCUUGUUAUGCUUCCUGUUGUGCGGAGUCAGCGAAAAAAAUAUAUUUUGGUGUGUGCGUAACAAUAUGUGUGACGGCGAGCUGGGUGGGAGCAACCCACUGCAUAAAAUAUUUAUACUUUCAUAAACCAACGAGUCCUAGUUAUACAUCCACAUCGAAUGCCUCCGUAACCGAGCCCCGUCAUCAGCAUACCGUGCUUCCAUACAACGCACCUUUCUUCACAACUUGGUUCUGCACCAACUGGGAAGUAUUAUACUUUCCGGUUUACUUUAUCUGUCGUGCGGUUAGAACGAAAUGCACGACACCAUCCGAAAUAUUAGCAGAAAGUCUUCGUGGAUUUCGAGACAAGGGUUUCACCGGUGGACGUUUCCUCGUUAAAUGCAGUCUCUUUUGUGGACUUUGGGUUGUUACCAAUUAUAUGUACAUCUACUCGUUAAGGAUACUUUUGGCUACCGACGUGAUGGCAUUAUUCGCCACGAAUGUUUCCUGCGUUUAUCUUCUGUCCUGGGUUAUCCUUCACGAGCAAUUUGUUGGAGUUAGGAUAGUAGCAGUCAUCCUAUGCAAUACUGGAAUCGCUCUUCUAGCUUACAUGGAUGGCAUAACAGGAAGUCCAACAUUGGGAGGUGUAGUUCUAGCAACCACAGCAGCAGCCGGAUCCGCUGUUUACAAAGUGGUAUUUAAGAAGGUUAUAGGGGAAACGACUUUUGGUCAAAUGUCAUUAUUCUUUUCUCUGAUCGGCCUUUGCAACGCUGCCCUGUUAUGGCCGAUAUGUUUAGCACUUUAUUUCUCGGGUGCUGAGAGCGUGCAUUGGACGCGAUUACCAUGGGCAGCUCUUUUAUCGGCCAGCAUACUUCAUCUAGUUGCAAAUAUGUUAGGAAACUUCAGCAUCGCACUCACAUAUGAUCUAUUCAUUACACUCGGUCUGAUAACGGCUGUUCCUGUAUCCGCAGCUCUGGAUGUCGUUCUUUAUGGAGCGCACUUCAUGGGCAUGAAGCUGGCCGGAAUGAUCUUCAUUGCUGUCGGCUUCUUUCUCGUGAUGUUCCCAGACAACUGGCCCGAUUACAUAACAAGACUCCUUCGAAACAUAGUCCUCAUGAGUCACAAUACAAGUACGACGCAGUACCAUCAGCAAAGAAGAACAACAGUUAGGAGCAGAACGAGCCAACAACGGCAGUACAGGUUGAGGAGCUAUGGGGUCUCGAGCUUGCAUGGCGAUGGACAAACCCUCCUCCCAAUGACCACUAAUAACAACAACAACAAUAACAAUAACAAUAAUAACAACAAUAACAACAACAAUAACAACAACCAAAACAACACUGCCACCAGCUCGAACUUUAGCAAUCGACACGUUAACACAUCGUCUCAACAGAACAGCUCGACCCCAUCUUCCGAAUCCCAAUCGCGCCGUUGUUUCCCUAUCCCAACCACGAUCUCAACCUCGACCUCGACCUCGACCGCCAUCGUCACCAACAACCAUCGUUGAUCGCACGUCGGCGUCUGCUCGGACGCAGAAAGAUGGAGUAGGAGACAUAGGCACGGUAUGCCAGGCGGAACCGCCCGUGAUGUGAUAGAUUAUCGAACGGGAUAUAUAAAGUCUCAUCUACGCUCGCCAUCGGGAAGGGUUCGGUGACUAAUUGUAAGCACGUUGUGGUUUACAAAAGCUUUUACCGAGCCCAAAGUUUCGAUCAUCGAAAUCCUGUUGAAGGUAUUGUGAACGCAAUAACGUUAGGAUUAGGGAAAAAGAAAGAAAGAAAGAAAAAAAAGGAAGAAAGAAUAAUUUGAUUUAGCGAUAAGAUUAAUAACACACAAAUCAUCUUGUGUGUGUGUAUAUAUAUAUAUAUACAUAUAUGUAUAUAUUAUAUUAUAUUAUAUAUAUAUUACACAUACACACACACACACACACACACACACACACACACAUAAUCGUGAAAAAGUUCCAAAUAACUUAAAGUUAACUUAUCCUUCUAAGUUUUUCUUUCCAUUCUGGAAGAAAAAGCACAAGGCUUUUAUUAGACGCACUAUCCUUUCAUAUACACAAAUGUUAAAUAUCGAGUGAUCUGUUCACUCUUUUGUUAUCCUACUCUUUCAUUUAAGUACAUUGAUAUUAUUCUAUUAAUUCUUCUAAUGGAAAAAAGCGAAGCUAUAAGAAAUUGUUCAAUUUUUCUCAUACAUUAUUGCAACAAUUUUUCAAUUAAUUUCCUCUUGCACUUUACACAAUUGCUUAUCGUCUAAUCAACUACUAGUAUUGAAACAUGUAUGAUUACAUGAAUCUUAUGAUCUCCUAAAAUGCCUUCUUUCUGAAAAGAAAAAAAAAUUGUAUAAUACAUAGUAUAUAACAUCAAUAUUUUUUUCAGAUAACGAUAUAAACUUGGUUUGUUUGUUAUGAAAAUAACAUUGAAGAUAGUUUGAUUUAAAUUAUUUAAAAAACAUUCAUAUAUUAAAUUGAUAUCCAUUGAUCAAAAAUAUCUGUGAUAUCCGUUGAUUAAUUGGAUGACAAGUGCAAAACAUAUCUUUUAUUUCAGUAUAUAUCCUAUAUAGAUACUUCAAUGAUAUUUACUCUAUAUUCUUUAUUCCUUUGUAAUUAUGAUUUCUAAUAUCUAAUAUAAGAUAAUUUGAAAAAUAUAAUGAAAUAAUUUUGUAAUAAUACACUUCUUAUUUUAAUAUUUUUAUUGGUAUUAUUGCGUCAUUAUAGAUCAGAGGUGGCCAAACUUUAUCAUUAGAUAAUAAACAUUAACUUUAUCCUUUUGAGAUGAAGUGUUGUUGUAGCAUUGAUGUAAUUCACAAAUUCUAAUUCGGUCACCUCUUUUAAUAUUGGCAAAAACUGUGCUUUCUAUAUACCUGCAGUAAAAAAGGACAAUCAAUUACAAGUGAAGUAUCUUUUUUAAAUAUACUAUUUAUAUUUCACAUCACUUUAUAAAUUAGUAGGAAGUGCCAUUGUUUACUAUAAAAUGAUCACUUUUAGACACAAUUCAUUAAAAUCAUUACAUAAUUAGGAAAAGAAUUGAAAGGGAGUUUCUUAAAAUUUAUUGUUACUAUUAAUCAUAUUUAUAGCUAAGUCGAAUUAGUCUGUUGUAAUAAAUUGUAAUUAAAUAUUAUGAUGAGGAUAAAUAUAGCAAUUACAGGGUCGACAAUUCUAUAUUAAUUAAAAUAUAGAUCUCAAUCCUAGUGUUCUAUUAAUUAUGCAUCUUGCAAUGGAUUAAAUAUAAGCUUAUUGACUGAAAAAUGAUUAGUCAAUAGAUAUGAAAUUUAUAUAGUAUUUAACAUAUUGAAUUUGAAACUUAAAAAAAGAAAACAUUUCUGAAAUUAUCAAUUUAUACUAUCUUGAAGAAUGAAAAUCAAAGUUGAUCAUUUAAAGUUUUUAUGAAAUGUAUAUAAAAAUAUAAUAUAAGAUUCUUUAAUAUCUGUUAAUAUGAUUAUUAAAUUUAUAAUUGAAACAUUGUGCACUUAGAGAAUUUUUAAAUGUCAUGAAAAGCAAUAGCUCAUUUUACAUGUGUAUAAAAAUUUAGAUAUAUCGUGGCACUUCAUUAAACAAAUAUAUUUAUUAUUAAAAAAUAAUUUGUCUUCUCAGAUGCUACUAUAAAUUAUAUAAGAAAUGUUUUAUUCUGAGCACUACUAUUACAUCUUUGCAAUAAUUAAAGAAUUUACUUAUAUCAAAUACGCAGUUACCUGAUUAAAUAUUACUUUCACACAUUAUCACAUUACAUAUAUGCAGAUAUCUAAUACUGCUCUUUGGAGCAUGUUUUUUGACUGAUUAAUUUAUUUCAUGUUAGAUGUCAAUUACAGAGAAUAAUUAGUAAUAAGUACUGCAUAUUUAAGAAACUGUAAUAAUAUUUAUAAUAGUUUAAUAUUUGCAAUAUUAUAUAUAUAUAUAUAUCUCACUUAGUUUAAAAAGAUAACAAUAAUAAUAGUAAAUUUAAUUAUAUAAUUCAAAAUAAUAAAUUUAAUUUAUUAAUAAGAAAUGAGAGAACAAUUUAUUCAUUUGUGCAUUUUGCAUGUAUAUAAAAAAAAAUUCUUAAAAUGCUAAACAAAAAACGAGAAAUAUUUAAUCAUACCUUGAAGAUUUUAGUACGCUUACUUCACAAUUUUUCGAAUUGGAUGAAUAGGAUGAUCCAUGUUAGAUAAAUCAGGUGGAUUUUUUUCGAAAUAACUUAUUUCUUUCAUACCACCCUCUGCAAUUUUCCACAAGUCUGGAUAAGAUUGUUUAAAAUGACUAUACCAUUUCUCCACAUAAGACCAUUGGUCCAAUUUGAAAGAAAUUGCCUCCAGACACAUUGUGCUCGUGAUUAAUGGAAAAUCCGCGAUAGUUAAGUGUUCUAUUCACAAAAAGAGAUAGCAAUAUAAUUUAAAUAAUUAUUUUUAGAUUAUACGUAUCUUAGGUUUCAUAACAUAAAUUAUAAGAUAGUGUGUAUAAUACUUUAUAUAUACAUAGAAAAAUAAUAUUUACUUACUACCAGCAGCAUAUAUUGUAUUUUCACGUUGUAAAUAUGUAUUGAAAAUAUCUAAAGCCAUUUUCACUUUCUUCAAGCCCAAUGGAGUUCUUUGAUAGUCAAAAAAUAUAGGUGCCAUCUAUACAAUAUAAAAAUAGAAUUAUACUUAAGAGUAAUUUAAUUAACAAUAAGUAUAUAGUACUGUAAAUAUAUAAUUUUAUCUUACCACAUAUUCCGAAAUAUUACGAUAAUAAUAAGCGAGAUUGAAACAAAGACGAUGAUUUACAAUAGCACGUUCUCGUGGAUCCUUUGGAUAUAAUGAUCCAGAUACAUCGUACUUAUCACCAAGAUAUUGUAAAAUGGCAUUGCUGUAAAAAAAAUUCAUUUGUUUCAAAUGAAUCUUAUCAAGCUUACAUAAA